GAUAAAAUUAUUUCAUUUUUUUUUUCACCAAUGAACAGAAUAUAUUAUAUGGCCUCUGUAGUUGUUAAAUGUUUUCUUCCCCCACUGUAUAAAUUAUCAUGAAUAACUCAAUUUUCCUCUCAUAAUCAAAACACAAUAUAAACUAAUUAUUUCCGGAAAAAAAUAUGUAGUAAACUAACAAGACAUGAAGACCGAGGAGGGCGCCAUCCCAUAAUUUACUUUUACCGCGCGGUGAAUCGGUGAUAUCAAUUUAAAUUCCCGCGACCUGUUUAAAUCACACACAAUCUCUCUCCUCUCUCAAUUUCGAAUCACUGUUUUGAAUUUCUUAACCCGCCAAGUCAAUGGUUCCUCCUUCCCUUUAACGGUCUCUCUCCACCCUCCCCCCCCCUACCCCCUCUCUCUCUCUCUCUCACACACACACACACAGUUUUGAUUCAAAAGAAGAACAGAUUUAUCUGAAACUUGUAGCUGGUUGAAGAAUGUCGUACCUGCCUUCUCGUGAAUCUGACACUAAAAACUCAUAUUUCUACAGCCGCAAGGAAAAAUCUCUCGGCGUUUUGUGCUCCAAUUUCUUGAAGUUGUAUAAUCGAGAUGAUGUGGACUCGAUUGGAUUAGAUGAAGCGGCAAGUCGAUUAGGUGUUGAGCGGCGCCGAAUCUAUGAUAUUGUUAACAUAUUAGAAAGUGUUGGAGUUUUAACAAGGAAAGCAAAAAAUCAAUAUUCUUGGAAGGGUUUUAGUGCAAUUCCUCCGGUUUUAGAUGAGCUUAAGGUUGCAAAUGAACAUGAACAUGGAGGCCUUUCGAACUCUAAAAUCGAUAGGAAAGACAGACCUUUUGUAUCCUCUAAAAUUGGUGUUGUUUGUACAGACAGCAGGAAGGAGAAAUCUCUGGGACUUCUUGCACAGAAUUUCAUCAAACUUUUCCUUGGUUUUGAUGUGGAUUUGAUCUCCCUUGAUAAUGCUGCGACAGCAUUGCUGGGUGAUAACCACGGUCCAACAGCCAUGAGAACAAGAGUCAGACGCCUAUAUGACAUUGCAAAUGUCUUUUCUUCCUUGAAUCUCAUUGAAAAGACGCAUCAUCCAGAAAGUGGAAAACCGGCAUUCAGGUGGUUGGGGAUGAAAGAAACCUUCAAGGAUGGAUCGGCUACUGAUUUGGAUUUGCCCAAGUCUAAAAGGAGAGCUUUUGGGACAGAGAUAACAAACACGAACUCAAAGAGAUCCAAGGCUGAUUUUUCACUUGAUAAGAAUUCAGACCAAAAGCCAAACAUGACUAUGCCAAUGAAUAUGAAGCUUAACAAUUUGGAAAAUAAGCUUGAGAGUAACUCAUUGGAGCAUCAUAUGAAACACACUUCCAAGGAUUUCAUAUUUGGACCUUUUACCCCUGCAAGUAUGCCCAAAGUAGAAAAUUCUGAAAACGAAAGUGUCAGGCGGCUUCAAAACUGGGAGAACUUGGCUUCUUAUCAUCCUCAGUAUCACAACCCAGUUCUAGAUGGCCUUUUUGCUCAUUAUGUCGAGGCAUGGAAGUCAUGGUUUGUUGAAGCAGCAGAGAAUAAACAACCACAAGUAUCCUGAAUCAUAAUCAAGUACACACAUUUGACAAAGAAAUGCAACACACACCCCCUCAUUUUUCAGUUCACGAAGAUUUGUGGUUUUGAGUUGGAUGUAUUUUCUUGAUGCAACAACUUAAAUGGUCAGUAUCCAAUGGCUGUGUUGGAUACAUUUUUCUUGAUGCAGCAACUUAAAUAGUCAGUGUCUAAUGGCUUUGUGUUGGAUAUAUUUUCUUGAUGCAGCAACUUAAAUAAUCAGUAUCCGGCUUUCUGUUGGACGCAUUUUGCAACAACUUAAUCAGUGUCUAAUGGCUUUGUGUAGGAUGUAUUUUCUUGAUGCAAUGACCUAAAUAACCCGUGUUCAUUUUUUAUUUAUUUAUUUUUUUAAAAAAAAA